AGUUGGAAUUUAGAUCAAAAUAUAAUAGAGAUGGUAUCGAAGUUGGAUGAUUUCGAAGUUGACUGAAAACUGGGGGAAGGAGCUUACUCAAGUGUGUAUAAGGUCAAGAGGAUUUCUGAUGGUAUGAUUUAUGCACUGAAGAAGGUGCGGAUGAUGAACUUGUCGGCAAAAGAAAAAGAAAAUGCUCUUAACGAAGUACGAAUUCUUGCUUCAAUCAAGGAUACAAAUAUUAUUAGUUAUAAAGAGGCUUUUAUUGAUGAGGAAUCAAGUGCUUUGUGCAUUAUAAUGGAAUAUGCUGAUGAUGGAGACCUAUUCCAGAAAAUAGUUAAUCAUCAGAAGAAAGGAAGCUGGUUUUAAGGAAAAUUAUAUUUGGAAAAUAUUUAUUAUGGUAGUAAGAGGCCUCAAAGCUCUCCAUGAUUUAGACAUCAUGCACAGAGAUUUAAAAAGUGCUAACGUCUUCUUAAACAAAGACGAUACAGGGAAGUUAGGUGAUAUGAAUGUCAGCAAGGUUGCUGAGAAAGGCCUUAGUUAUACCCAAACUGGCACUCCUUACUACGCCAGUCCUGAAGUCUGGAGAGAUGAAGCAUAUGACAUCAAAAGUGACAUUUGGUCUCUAGGUUGUGUUCUUUACGAAAUGAUAACUCUUAAGCCUCCUUUCAGGGCUGAGAAUAUGCAAGGGCUUUAUAAGAAAGUGCUCAGAGGUAAUUAUCCGAAGAUUUCGAAGCAAUAUACACCUGAAAUUCAAGGAAUCGUCAAGCAACUCCUCCAGGUUUCUCCCAAAAAGCGGCCAAACUGCACAGAAAUUCUUGCUAAUUCAGUGGUUAAAAAGAAAAUAAAAGAAAUAUUCCCAGAUGAAAACUACGAUGAUGAAACAGAGACUGAAACUUUGAAGAAUAGCUUGUUGAAGACGAUAUACUUCCCAAAAGACGGUCAGGAUAUUCUCUAUCUAACUGACAAACUCCCUAAACCUUCUUAUGACACAGACUUAGAGAAGAUAGUUGACAUCCAUAAGAUGUCGAACAGAACCAGGGCUACUUCAGAGUCUCCAAAUUUUCCCAACCUUCCAAAGGACUCGAUAAAUCUCCCUCAGAAAUACAAAAAGCCUAAGGAGACGUCAAUGAAUAAAUCUAAUAUUUCUGAAACUGCUGAAGGCACAGAGCUCCCAGCGACUAAGCUAAAGAAGGUUCUAAACUCUGAUAGGAAGGAAGAAAAGAAGGCAGGCAAGAUGCCUGAGCUGAUAUUGCCUUCUUACCAUAAGAAUCCUUCCAAAAUGACCAGCGUUGAACGUAUCGCUAAGAGGUUAGAGCUUGAAUCUCAGAAAAAGCCAGUUAUGAAUAUUGAUAAAGAGUAUAACAACCUUCAGCGUAUUUUGGGCAAGAAGCAACAAGAUCUUGGUAACGACUCCUCUAGGAUUUCGAAGAAAAUAGCAAUCGAGAAGAACAAACUCAAAAACAGUUCUCUGCAGGAGCAUCCUAAAUACUUAAGAGAAAGACCUCUUUAUAGCAACAGAGGUCAGCCGAAAUACCAGAGGCCCUCUCAUAAUUCACAAAAUAGGUAUGGUGACGAGGCAAAUAAGGCCGUACUUAACCUUGGCAUCGUUGGUGAACAAGUCGGCGCCUCCUCUGCUCGGAGGAGUGGCAAGGGCAAUUCUUUAGAUAUGAGACUCCCCAAGAUCGCUGAUGGUAUACUAAAGAGCAAAGGAAAAGCCCCUAAAGGUCUUCAGAAGAGCAUAAACACCUUAAAACUUCCAAAAUUGCAGAAAUAUAAGCAUGGAAAGUACUAUGCAGAUAAUGAUAAGAUCUAUUCAAAUAAAUAUUCAAAUAUCAUCUCAAAGAAGCCUUCCAAAUCGUACAGAUACAAGCAUGGAGGAAAGGCACCAAAAGAAGCCCAAAAGAGAGAUAAGACAAUCGAUAGGCUUAAGAUGUAUAAGGAUUAGGGCAUUUAGGAAACCACAAACAGCUCCCUUAGUGGGAUGUUAUAUAUUUUUCUUGAUUCAGU